AUGACGAAGUCAACAGGGAAGAACUCAUACUUGAACAUGAUUGGCAGAAGGUACGAUGUGAACCAGGCGGAUCUUACCGGAAACAACGACGAUUCACAUAGGAAGUUUUUGUUCAAGGUUGGAGAUGUCAAAGGGAACGAAUGCAUAAGCUUUUUUGACGGAAUGGAAAUAACGUCUGACAAGCAGAAGGCGAUGAUCAAGAAAUGGCAUUCACUAAUUGAGGCAGAGAAGGAUAUUGUUGCUAAGGAUGGAAGUAUAUUCAGAGUGUUUACAAUGGCAAUUACGAGAAGAACGCCGAAUUACAUCAAGAAGACCUGUUAUACAAAGAGCUCUGAGGAGAAGAAGAUCAGGAAGGUGAUGGUUGAUGUGAUCACCGAAGAAUUGUCUGGAAUGGAUGUGCAGAAGAUCAUGAAGAAGCUUUCCAACGAGACGAUUGGCAAGAGGAUCGAGGAAUUGGGAAGUGAGAUUUUCCCGCUUCAGAGCUGCUGCGUCAGAAAGGUCAAGACAAUCAAGAGCUAUCAAGCAUCAGCCAGCCAGGAUGCAGUUGAAAUGAGGAAUUAA